AGAUGUCCAUGGAUGUAACCUUCCUAGGAACGGGCUCUGCAUACCCAUCACCCACCAGGGGAGCCUCUGCCGUAGCUCUCCGAUGUGAAGGUGCCUGCUGGCUCUUUGAUUGUGGGGAAGGGACGCAAACACAGUUCAUGAAAAGCCACCUUAAAGCAGGGAGAAUUACAAAGAUCUUCAUAACUCAUCUUCAUGGGGACCACUUCUUUGGCCUUCCUGGUCUUCUUUGCACUAUCAGUCUCCAGAGCAGUCCCAGUGCUUCCAAACCACCUAUGGAAAUCUAUGGGCCUGUAGGGCUUCGGAAUUUCAUCUGGAAGACUAUGGAGCUCUCUCGCUCAGAGCUGACCUUCCCCUAUGUUGUCCAUGAGUUGGUGCCCACAGAAGAUCAGUGCCCUGCUGGAGAAUUAAAAGACUUCUCUUACCUAGAUGGAGCUGACAGCCCUCCCAAAGAGAUACAAGGGAGAACAAUCCUCUUAGACUCAACUGAAGGCUCUUAUGUACUGGUCAAUGAUGAGCAGUUUCUUGUAAAAGCAUUUCGCCUCUUCCAUCGAAUUCCAUCCUUUGGUUUUUCAGUGGCAGAGAAGGAACGUCCGGGUAGACUCAAUGCACAGAAACUGAAAGACCUUGGUGUCCCGCCAGGUCCUGCCUAUGGGAAACUGAAAAAUGGAGUGACUGUCGUUUUGGAAAAUGGAGUUAAAGUUUCUCCCCAAGAUGUCUUAGAAAAACCUAUUCCUGGAAGAAAAAUAUGCAUUUUGGGUGACUGCUCUGGGGUUGUAGGUGAUGAAGGAGUGAAACUGUGCUUUGAGGCAGAUCUUUUGGUUCAUGAAGCCACUCUAGAUGACACUCACAUGGACAAAGCGAAAGAAUACGGUCAUAGCACCCCACGUAUGGCAGCAGAGUUUGCUAAGUUGUGCAAAGUCAAGAGACUGGUUCUCACUCACUUCAGUCAGAGAUACAAACCACCUCUCUUGUCUGGAGAGGGAGAAACAGAUGAUAUUAGAGAAUUAAAAAAGCAAGCAGAAUCUGUGUUAGAUUUCCAAGAAGUGACUCUAGCAGAGGAUUUUAUGGUGAUUGACAUUCCAAAGAAAAAAACUAUCAGCAUUACCUGAAAGUUUUCAUGUGCCAAUUUGUAACUGAGCCUACGCUCCAGAUUUCUGUCUGAAAUUAUUUUAGGCCCAAUAAUCCCAGGAGGGGUGGGACUACAUUGCUGAAUUGACCUGUGUGGCCUUAAUGGUAUUGCAGAGUGGCUCUUAACACCAGCAGCCUUCUUAAAGUUCCAAUUUGAUUAAAUGAACCUGAUUAGAUAAAUCCUUACUGUAGUUUAACUGUUCCCUUGAGUUUGAUCCAGUACUCUCUCCCUACCAGCUCAGUGUUUUUGCAGUCAUUACGUAAAUGCAGAGAAAACUCUUGUUUUCUGCUAACAAUGGAUUAAGCAGAAAAAGAAAAGAGGUGUAAGGAAGAUCUUAGAAAGCAUUUGAGGAUGAAUAUAAGAACUCAAAACUGCUAUAUUUUAGCUGCAGUACUUAGCACAAGGUUGAGUUCAGCAUCUCUUAUUUAACUUAGUUUCUGUUUAAAUUCAAAUCUAAAUGAUCAAAACUGAGCUUAUAUGGUUUUAGAAUUAAUAUCUGGAUCAAUCUGUAUUAUAAAGAAACUACAAGAGACUGUAGGAAUUGUUUGUUUAGACUGGCAUACUUCACAUAAUCAAAUAUUACUUGAAAUAAGUAGGUUACAAUAUACACCAAAAUAUUCAUAGCAAAGAACUGGAAAUAAAACGGAUGCCCUUCCAUUGGGAAAUCAUUAUCCAAGUUAUGGCACAUGAAUGUAAUAGAAUGUUUCUUCUGUAAUAAACAGUGACUGUGAAGAAGCUUGAAAAGACUUAAACUGAAUUGAUGUAAAGUGAAGUACGAAGAACCAGGCACAUGAUCUCUGUGGUUACCACAACAAUGUAAAUAGAAAAAACAAAAAUGAAACUAGAUGUUGUGUCAUUGCAAUGCUCAAGCGCUGCCCUGAAGAAGAGAGAGGAGAAAUCGCUUCUCUCUCCUUUCAAGUACAUUCCCUGAAAAUAGCUUUAUCAGCAUGUUAAUCAGCUCUGUUACCUAACAGCAGCAGGAGGCAACACAAGUCUGGUUCCUUUUCAGUCAUUGUUUAUGUUGUUUUUUUGGCCCUCUUUUCCUCUUUGCAGCACAUUCACCCAGUGGAUCUUUUAAAAAUAUGGACUUAGAACACUACUUUUCUGCUGCAGAUUACAUAGCAACAUUAAGGUUCCAUAAGAAACUUCAUGCUGAUGGUGACUGAGAUUGACCCACAGUUUUCCUUAGUGUAUUAAUUUCUAGAUGUUUAUUUAAAUAUGUUGUCUUAUACAGGAGGCCCUAAUAUUCUGGUGAAUAGGUUUAAGAGAGUCCCAAGGGGAAUCUAAAGAUAAAAAUAAGAAAAGGAGGCAGGCAUGUGAUCCUUUCGUGAGGGUUGGCCAGCUGACCUGUGGCUCUUCUGUAUUUAUGGCUUCUUGAGGAGGUGAGGGGGUGGGUGGCAAAAUUGAAUGGACCAUAAGAGCCAUGCUACUAAGGUUUUCCUAAUGUGAAAAGGAUUUUCAGUGAUACAUUAAGUUGCUAGCAAGAACCAAGAGAGAAUUAUGAAAUUGAAAAUUUCUUCCAUAUUCCCAGUUGCCUUUAGGUCUGAAUAUAAACUCUUCUCUAUUGGGCAUUGAAAGCCAUUCACAGCCUGGCCCCAACGUACCUUUCCAACCUUAUUACACUUUACUCCCCUUCAUGCCUACUGUACCUCAUACGUGGUCCUCUGCGUGCUGUCUCUCUGUCCCCCUUGCCUGGAAUGCACUUUUUCUUUCCUUCUGCCUCUUAGAAGUCUUAAUUUCCUUUAAGAUUUAGCUCAAAUGCCACCUUCCACGUGAAAACUUUCCUAAUACUUUCUACCCCUAGCUCCUAGUUUCUUCUAAAAAAUCAGUUGUUUUGUAUAUACCUGGGUAUACAUGUUGUUUUCUCUCAAAAUAGAUUGUAAGCUCUUUGAGAGCAAGGACUGUGAAUUUUUGUUUUUGUAACUUAGAACCAAGGUUCUUAACUUGGGGUCUGUAAACUUGUUUUUUGUGUUUUGAUAAUAUAAUUGGUUUCUUAUCUAAUGUAUUUUAUGCAUUUAAAAAAUUGUGUCCAUGACACAAGCCUAAAACAUAAUUGCCUAAUAAACAGUGGUUGGUUGAUGGA